AUGAAAAAUAAAGGCGUUGACUUGAACUCAUCUAUCAGACUCUCUAUGAGGAAAGUCCAAAAUGCUAGAAACGAGUAUUUAAAUAUAACAGAAAAUACCCUGCCUCAAGAUACCACCCAAAGGGUGGCAACCUGACGUAAUUCAAUUGAUACUUUGCAAAAAGACCUCCGAUCUCAUGGUGAAUUUUUGAAGCAACUUCGCAGAGAAACGCCUUCAUCUAUAUACGAAGUAAAUAAAGGUACCAGCUUUCUUAUGAAAGUCUCAGAAAAGUUUUCAAACGAUUUCAAAGUUCUUAUAAACAUUUUAAAAAAUUCUGCUCAUCUUCCUAAAACUUGCGAAUAUAAAACAUGAGACUUAGUCCUUCAAAGCGUCUCGACAGAAAUUUCUAAAUUAAAUGCAGCCUCAGUCUCACAAAACCAAGAAGGAGUCCAUGAAAUUCUGUGUGAACUUUACGAUUUAAAAGAAAACCUUACUAGCCAGAUUUUCAAAUCAAUGAUGCAUAGAAAAAUUGUUUUGUGAAUGGAUUUGAAUAUUUUGGAAACUGGCUACGUAAAAGGUGAAAUAUUAGACAUUGUGCAGAAUAUUGUCGAUUAUAAAAAUGAGCAUGGAUACAUACCAGCAAAAAUAGACUAUGUUCACCCUAAAAUAAGCCAAGAACUGCCACAGAUAAAUUCUUCGCCAAAAGCAAAAGUAAAUUUUAUUCAAACUCUAACUGCAUUUACAGAUGAAUUCCAGACCAUGAUCAGGAUGAUUGAAAAUAAUUUUCAACUAAAUACAGUAAUUUUCGAUUAGAGUCUAAAAAAAAGUCCCCAAAUGCGAAAAGCCUAAAUCGCCCCAUCCUUGAUCAAACGAGAUGACUGAGAGUUUCCUAAAAUUGCAAAAAAUUAACUCGCAUUUUUGAUAGAGCAAAUCGUAUAGUCAUAUCAAAAGCCAACUCCGAGCAUGUCUCAAAUCUAACUGCUCGUCUUUAAUAGUAAUUAAUAUUAAAUGUUUAAACUAAAUAAUUAUUCCUAAUCAAAUUUAAAUAUUGAAUUUUGGCAUACUUGCUAAUAUAUUGCUUAGGCUAUCCCAUAAAAUAUUUUUCAUGGGAAAAUUAUACAUGAUUUUUUUUCAGCCCAUUCUUGGUCGGGCGAUGGCUAUUGGCUCAAUCAAGAAAAAGGGGGUAGUAAGAAAUGAGCUAGAACAAACUCAUAAAAAUCAAGAGAAACUAGAAGAAGAGGUCCAAAACUUGAGAAUUAUGAUGAGAAAUCCUGACAGGCGUGAGUGGUUCCAAAUGACGAGAGAUUUAGAAGAAAAAUCAAUGAAAAUCGAGCAUGACUCCAGGCAGAUCCAAAAAAUUAAUAUGGAAAAAAUUUCUCUGGAAAGUGAAAAUCUUCAUUUAGCGCAGCACGCUAAGCAACUUGAAGCUCAAUUAGCCAAAAUAAAUGAAACAUUUUUGCCCAGGUUAGAAGAAGCCGAAAAAAUACACGCAGAAUUAAUCCAAGAAAUAAAAAAUAUUCGACAAGACGCCGAGUUGCUCCCUGGGAUGUUUAGAAAUGAAGCUUUCAUGAAGAAAAAAAUCAGGGACGAAAAAAUAAUAACCGAAGACAAGAUGAAUCAAGCCAUAGAGGAACUUGAAAAAGAAAAACAAAAAAUCAAAACAAUUAUAGAGGAAAAACAAAGAAAAGAAAAAAUUGCUAUGCAAGCUGUAGCUGCUAGGAAUUUAAUUGAUAAAGAGCUGAAAGAAGCGCAAGCUUUUAUUGUGACGCUGCAAGGUAAAAUUACUGAUCAGUCGAAUUUUGAACAAGAAAUGAAGCUAGAGGUUGAAAAAUACAAAAAAAGGCAUGAUGAAAUGCAAGAGCAUAUUUACGCUCAAAAUAACAGAAUUAAUGAGCUUGAAGAUCAGAAAAAAGUCUUAUUGAGUCAGCUAAAAGAAUCGGGAGGCAGAUCGCAAGCCCACUAUACAUAUAGAACUGUAAAAGGAAAUAACCCAUAA